AUGGGUGAGAGGGGUAUUUACUACUCGGAUAAGUACUAUGAUGAUGUUUAUGAGUACAGGCAUGUUCACUUGCCGAAGGAGUUGGUUAGCAGAGUUCCAAAACAUCGGUUAAUGACCGAGCGAGAGUGGCGCGCGCUUGGGAUCCAGCAGUCCGUUGGUUGGGUUCACUAUAUGAUUCACGAACCGGAACCUCAUGUUAUUCUCUUUCGACGUCCUCGUACAGACGUUCCACCAACUGAGAACGUGCAUUCGGAACCUAAGUCUCAACACGCAUAA